AUGAAUGCUGUCGAGAUCGUCGCCUAUUUCGUUGAUGGUCGGAUGCCCGGCACAUACCUUACGAUCGACUCUCUUGUGCAUCUCAAGGCGCAGGGUAACAAGACGCAGACCCGCAUCAAUGAGAUGUCUGUGGAGCUGAAAGAAGCGCUCAUCUUCGAAGUCAACAGCGUCUAUUCCGGGGCAUAUGCCCUGAUGAAUCUGUUGUCAUCAAACGCUUCGAUUGAUGUGAUGGUCGACCAGUACGCCGAAAUGGGAAUCAUGGCCCCCAAUCCGAAGGAGCUCCCCAAGUACGUCGUCCGCCAUGGGAUCGUCGAUGAGGUGCUCGGAUCGAACGGCGGCCUUAUGCGCGAGAUCAUCGACAAGUCCAAGAGGGCCUGCGACCCUUAUGGGUGUGUCUGCCCGGCCGGUCUUCAGGAAAGCCGCACCCACUUCGACGUUUUCCUCGGUGCGAUUCUGAAAUCCAAGGCGAAGUUGCGAUCCGCCAAGAUAAAAAUGAGCCUCCUGGUCACGCUGCUCGACGAGCACAUUGAACAGCUGGGGUUCGUCUACGAGGAGGCCGUCGCCGUUCGCGGCCGGGAUGACAAACUGACUGAGUGGUUUAACAAAUUCGAGAGUGACCAACCCCUUUUGCGUAAGCAAAGUCUGGUGUCACUGUGUGCCUGCUUCACUGCACUUGGUGAUGGCACCAUGGUAGAAGAGUGCGAGCCUUCGGCAGAUUCUGAGGGGUCCGGCAGUGACAGUGCAGACGAGGGCGUCAUCCAAUCACACAAAGGAGGACGAGUGAAGCGGGAAGACGGUACCUGCACUUGGUGCAAAGAUCGAACCGAAGUGUCCAAGCAUUUUGGACCUGAAACAUGCGAUAAGUGCAAUCGCCGCUACCGCAGGGCGCUGCGUGAGUACAUAGAGGGGCAGCCCUGCACUUGCGGCGGAAAAUCGGCCAAGAAACGUUGCGCAUUGUGCACCAUCAUGGAAGCCGAAAGGAUCGGCAUGCAACGUGCUAACUACAAGCCGCGCACGAUCGCGAAGAAGGGCACG